AUGCGAAAAUUCGAAACAGUUGAUUUGUAUUUUACUGCUUUACAUGAAGCAGCUGUUGCUAGUUCAUUGACACAAUUAAUAAGAUGUCGAAUGAGUAGAGGAGCCUAUUUUUUUGAUCAAAAUUCUCCACAUUAUCGCAGUACUCGCCGUUAUAAACGUCAUCCAGAUGAAUUACAGCGAGCAUUACAAGAAGCAAAAUUAAUUGAUGAAACGCAAAUACCCACCUCGGCUACGAGUGUUACUGCAGGAGAAACAGAGGAAAAAUUAAAAAGUAGUAGUACAUCCAAUAUUCUUACGCAAAUUCAACGAGAGUUAUUUCACAAGACAAAUACAACGAUUGUUCCCGAUGUACUUAUUUCAGAAUUAGAAGAUAUUAUUCAGAGAAUCGAAGAUGAAAAUAAAAUUUAUGCUGAAGCAGACAAUGAGGAAGAGGAACAAUUGCAGGAGAGACAGUCAUUACCCGGUCAAGUGAUUAUGAUGUUACAUGCGAAUUGGAAUGAUUUAACAGAAGACGCUGACUAUAAAUUCAAGACUUGGCGAACAAAGUAUGCUGAAGAUCAAUGGCGUAAAUAUGUCGAACGAAAACGUCAAGAACAACAACGACAAGGUAUCGGUGGUAAAAAACAAUUACAUAAUCGUCAAUCGGUGGGUAGUUCGCGAUCAAAUAUAUCUCAUACAAGAAUGUCACAAUUGAAAGUUGGUCUGAGUCGAACACAACGUGCUCUAUCGAGAAUAUCGUUUUUCAGUAGUAAUGAUGAUUUAACAGCACGAACAAAACUAAAACAAAUUCAAGGUAGUCAAGAUAGUUUAGAUAAUCAGAAAAAAGAUGCAUUAAGUGUAGAAUUUAAAUUAUCAAAAGUUACCAAUGAAAUAGCGACACAAACUCCAAAGGGAAUAUCAUUUGAUGUAACAAAACCAAUAACAGAUAGUCAGGAUGAUGCUAUUGUUGCUAUUCGAAAGAAAGGAAGAAAAAUAUUGAGUGAUUCAAUUGCACGAAUUCAUGCAACAGCCGGCGAUCCUACAACUCGUCAAGCUCCGCGAAUAUUUUUUUAUGGUGAUCAUCCACAAUUGAGAUCAAAAUCAACACUUUUAAAUUUUAAUGAUCAAGCACGUCGUCAAAAAUCGAAGUUUAUUUUAAGUAUUCUACGACAUGAAAUACCCGAACCUUAUAGUUGUGACAUAGAAAUUCCAACAAAUAAAAAAAAAUAUUAUCUAGAAUUAGCAGAUGGAACAAUACAAUUAUAUUAUCCAUCUGGUCAUUUAGCAAUGCAACGUAUACCCGUUUCUAAUCAUCCAUCAUCAUAUAGCACUCUACUUUAUGACGAUAAUGAUAUUCAAUUUGAACAAUUUUUAGGCAUAAUUACAUCUCAAGGUUCAGUUGUUAUUAUGCAACCUGGUCUUCAUGCACGUUUUAUUUCGAAUGAUGAUAGAGGUCUUUUAUGUAAUGGAAAAACAGGUUUAGCUGAAAGACAAAUGAGAUGGCAUUCUGAUCAAAAUUAUCCACGAACACAAUCGGUAUUAUCAACAUCACAAGAUUAUAUGUCACCUCAUCAAAAUGACGAAUUACCACCAGAAAAUGAUGUACAAUUACAACUUAAUUCCUAUAUGCAAUUAGAAUAUACAAGUCCAUAUGAUAUUCGAUUUGCAUUUGGAUGUAAUAGAGAAGAAUAUAAAUUUCAAUUUGGUUGUAUUCAAAAAGAUACAUCAAAUAUUGGACAAGCAAUAACAAAAUUAAAUGAAUCAAUGAAUCUUCAAAAAUCCAUAUCAAAAAAGAAAAUUAAUUCAACAAAUAAAAUUAUUCAAUCAUCAUCAAAUACAGUAGCAUCAUCACAACAUGGAUCACAAGAUGGUGAUGGAAAAAGUGGUAAUAUUGAUCAAACAACAAAACAAAUACAAAUUGAAAGAUUACUCGAUGGAAAUAUUAAUCUCAAAGAAUUACCUUAUACCAAAGAAUUGUUACAUUUAAGAAAAAAAAUACGAAAUAUUUGUGAUUCAUGGUUAAAAGAAUAUCGUACAGCGUUAGGUACAUCUAACUAG